AUGAAGAACGAGAAAAGAACUUACAGCACGAUGGCUUGGUUCCGCCCUCCUCCACCAGGCACACAACUCAGACCGUGGGUUCCGGACCUUAUCUUCAUCCCGAUUUCACGAGCAGUCGAGCGGUUUGGAGUAUUCUUCUACAACAGAAUCUUGAAUAAGACUGAAAUCGGUCUAUUCGACAAAAGAUGGAACAAGAACAUCCACGGUCCCUACUGCCAUCACCGGUACUACGGAAAAUUGGACACCAAGCUCUUCGACGUGAAGCUCGCCGAUCUCCCGGCUUGGUUUGCUCGGCGUGAAAAAACACCAGGUGCCAUCUACAACGAGUUCAUGCGGAAUAUUUGGAGGGUUCAUCACAAAUAUUACUCAGGCCCUGUAUAUGCAAAUACUGUAGGUGAAAACGAUCUUCCGUUUCAUUUUCGCGUACUCGUUCCUGAACUGGCUGGUGAAAUGUCAUCGUUACUGGGCCGUACAGAAGACGAUGUACCAUUGGAUAUGUCUCGACGUGGCGCCCUGAUUGUUUUCGAGGGACUUGACAGAAGUGGAAAAUCGACUCAGGCUAAACGAUUAGCUGACAAAGUGAAUUCGUCUGGGGGUCAAGCGGUUCUGCUUCCUUUCCCUGACAGAAAGGAGCCCUUUGGUCAAGUUAUAGAUCGAUACCUUAGGAAGGAAAUCGAUCUGUGUGAAAGAGCUCUUCAUUUGGCUUUCUCGGCGAAUCGUUGGGAAAAAGCAGCUUUGAUAGAAGAGAAGAUCGCUGCUGGUGUCGACGUUAUUUGUGACCGGUAUUGUUUCAGUGGUGUUGCCUACUCAAUCGCUAAA